AUGCUGCACACCGGAAAGAAGAACAACAACCCCGCAUACCCAGAUUACACUCCGUCCAUUUUCCCGCAAGCAGUGCUGAAGGAAUUGACUAAGAGUACCACACUUGAUCGCUUCAAGAGAGCACAGAAAAGAAAAGCACCAUCCACUACUCUAGUAUCACGAAAGGAAAGGAAGGUGAAGAAGCAACUGGAAUUUGAGGAGACAAACUCGUAUGCAAAGGCCACACAACUGGAGAGAAAGUACAUAAACUCCGAAUGCGCAACCACUGAUUUGGAGUCCGAAGAUGAGGCGAGUGAGCGAAAAAAGAGGAAAUCAAGACCAAAUCCAUUAUAUGUAGAUGGAGGAGAGGAGCCAGAAAGAGGUUCUGGAAAAAGAUUUGCAAAAGCACCACAGGUCAAUUUUCCAGAAAUGCCAGCAUCUAGCCAUUUUACGAAGGCACCCCUGUCACACACUGUCUCCAGAGCCAUCUGCAUAGAGGAUGAAGAAUUAUCUGAUCCACUUAUUACAAGCUUUGAUGCCAACUCUCUGACACAGUUUCAAUCACAGGAGCUCUUUAAUGAUGACAACAUAUUUACAACUGGCAGCAGUUCUUCUGGCCUUGGGUCACCCAUCCUCACCACCACGGGCGCAGCUCCUGAAAAAAGCUCCAAGGAAACAAAGCAAUUGUUUAAAGUCGGAGGGGUGGAUUCUGGCUGCAUGAUUCGGCGCAUGGCGUCAGCCGUCCUCUCAAACCAAUUGGCCUGCCUCUUUAACUGGAAGGGAAAAGGAGGUAAAAGGGCCUUCGAGAGCACCUCCUUACUGGACUGCAUGUUUGGUGAGUCUGUCUCAAAUUAA